GUUAUUUGGGAUUUAGCCACAAUCUCAUGCCGCAUAGUUUGGCGCCUGGACGUGGCUGAGUUUGAGUUUUAAAGUAGGAUUUUCUGGAGCUUUAUGGGUUUUAGGGCUCAUUUCUAUCGUGUAUUAAUCGACUCGGAAACAUUACAGAUUUAUGGUUUAGGUUUCUUGUAAAAUAUUAGUUUAUUACUGUAGUUAGCACGGGAUAGUUAGCCGUAGCUGUGCUCCAUGCUAAAGAAGACUGAACUAAACCAAUGCAGCCAAUGACACCACAAAGAGAAGGCACGACCUCACUUAUUGACAAGACCAUGAAGAUGAGGAGAGAGGAACAGGAGCGCCAGGUUCUCCUGGCCUGGGCAGUUCUCAACGUUUCUCUGGCUGGAAUGAUCUACACAGAAAUGUCAGGAAAACUGCUCAGUCGAUACUAUAACAUAACUUACUGGCCAAUCUGGUACAUUGAACUCGCCCUGGCCUCUCUGUUCAGCCUGAACGCCAUCUUUGAUUUUUGGAAGUAUUUUAAGUACACCAUGGCACCUUCAUCUGUCGCUCUCUCUCCCGAGCAACAUCGACUCCUCGGCCUCCACAACUCUGGAAUUCAGGUCUCUCCGCCCCAAAAGCCAGAGCAGAAAGAGACUCCAGUGGUUUCCCAGUCUUCUCCACUGCAGGGACAGAAUGUGCUGAGUUUCAGUAUUGCACGGCCCCCCAGCACCAGUCCAAAGUUCUCCCCCGGCUGUGUAUCUGGGUACAGUCCACCCUUGAGCAACCCUUCAUCACCAGGCAGUGGCAGACCCUUUUCCCCUUCUGUUGCAUAUGGCAAGGUACUGAACUACAGUCCAUCUACCAACUCCUCUCCUUACCCGAGCAGCCUGGGCCCAGCAGAAGGCGCCAGUCUACGAACACGCUACCGCACUUCCCCUUCUGUUUUCAGCUCUCCUGGAGGAAAGGAAGACUACAUGGAUGAUCUGAAAUCUUUGGAGAAAUUCCUUCAUUCAGAGGAAGAGAAAAGUCACCGCAGCCAUCUGGGGAGUCCAGAGUCAGCUUCUCCAUCACACAGUCCGACCUUCUGGAACUAUAACCGCUCAAUGGGUGAUUACUCUCAGAGCCUGAGGAAGUUCCAGUACCAGCCGGCCUGUCGCUCCCAGGCUCCAUCGGCGCACAAAGAUGAAACUGAGCUGGGAUCUAAACAAGCUGCUGAGGAGGUCUGGGCACGGAUCACAAGCAGUCGUGUGGUUACUGACAGCAUUGACAGCUGGACUGCCAAACUUAGAAAUUGGAUAAAUGACACCGUUCUGGUUCAUCUAGUUAAAGAAAUAGAUUCCAUCAACAGCCAACUCAGAAGAAUGGGCUGCCUGGAUUUACAGAUUGGAGAGGCCAGUAUCAGCAAUCUAAAGCAGGCCGCUGUAGCCAAAGCCUCUACCAUUCCCAACCUUAACAUUAUAGUGCAGUACCUGGACAUCACACCCAACCAGGAGUAUCUGGUAGAAAGAAUCAGGGAGCUGGCUCACAGCGGCUGUAUGAGCUCCUUUCGCUGGAAUGGUGGAGGGAACGUGAAGAACCGAAAAUGGGACACGAACCUGCCAACCGACUCUGCUAUCCUCAUGGAUAUUCUGUGCACAUAUCUGGACUCCAGACUUCCGCCUCACCCAAAGUACCCAGAUGGGAAAACCUUCACAUCUCAGCAUUUCAUCCAGACUCCAAACAAACCAGAUCUUUCCAACGAGAACCUCUUCUGCAUUCAUCAGAGCAGCAUCAACCCACCUCAUUAUCAGCUUGUGUAUCAAGGCCAUAUCUACAGCCUGCCUAAGGGCAGAAACAAUUUGUUCCACACAAUCCUCAUGUUUCUUUAUAUUAUCAAAUCCAAGGAGUCUGGGAUGCUGGGAAGAGUCAACCUGGGGCUCUCGGGGGUCAACAUCCUUUGGAUAUUUGGGGACUAAUCCAAAUUAUAACCAUGUUAUAGCUGAGUAAAAUCCAACACUCUUUAAUGCUCACACAGUGAGUAAUAUAUUGUACAUGACUGGUUCUUAUUUAAUAUGAGCUGUUUUUUCAUACGUUUUGGGAAAUCGGCUGCAUCGUUCUUUUGGUUUCUAAAGCAACCGUGGCCCAACAUCACACCACACUGACCUCUGUGUUCUCAGCUUUGACACUCUGCAAGGGAACGUUGUUACCGAACGACUAAACGGAGAAACUAGUUGUAUUAUGAUGUUGUAAAUCAUCUGAAUGUGAUCCAGCUUUGUUUGAUACAAAGUUGUAGAAUGUUUCAGUAUAUACGUUGAAUUGUGUGAAACUGGUGUAUUUGUAUAUCUGUGUUAAGAUGCUUUAGUGAAUUAUUUGUUGUAGGCAUGAACGUCUCUGCUGUACUUUUUCCCCCCAUUAGACUUAUGCUCUCAUCCUCAUUCUUAAAAAAAAAAAAAAUAGGGACUACUAAGAGAACAGAACCCAACUGUUGUAUAACAUCCUCACUUUUCUGUGGUGUAGGAGUUUGUUAGUGAAUAGUUUCAUAUGUAGGGAUGGAUUAUAUCCUAGUGUGAAUUAAAUGCUGUUAGAAUGUUCUGCCACAUACCAGCAAUAAUUCUCUCUACAGUUAGUCAUCACACUCAGACAGCAGAGAGGAAGAAUUACUCCUCAAUUAGGCCAAUUAGGAUUUGAUCAUUUAACAGAGAUUACCAGCAGCUGUAAUUUCCCCUCAGGAAAGGUUUACAGAGGGGCAGUUCCUCUAAUCACAUUCUACAUCAGUUGCGUGUGUGUGUGUGUGUGUGUGUGUGUGUUUUAUAUAUAAAUGAUGCUUACAUGCAAAUGGCUCUUUCCCAUGACUUUAUAUGCUAAAGAUAUUUUGGAGCAUCUCACCUAUUUGGUGCAUCUUUUUCAUCCCUUUUUCUGCUUACCAAAUGUUAAAUCCUCAUCACACUGCCUUUUCAUCAUCUGCCCAAUAAGACUUUGAAUCGAAAAUGUUUUGAUAUGCAAUAAAGGAAAUGCAUUUUUAGA